AUGAGUCACAAUUUUGAGCUACGCCUAGGUCAAUUCCUCUCUCGAAUGGAGACACAGCAAACAGAGCGUAACGCGUCGCAAGUGCAGCUUCUAGCAGCUAAAGUUGAGGCUUGUGAACGUGCGUUGCCGCGGUUUGAAGCGCGUCUGGAUAUGCUGACAGACCGAGUUGCAGCGGGAAGUGCCCAGCUGUCAAAGCUGCAGUCGGAUGUUGCUCUGCAGCUUCAGCAUAUUCGUCAGGAGGCGCUGACGCAGCAAAUGAACAAUCCAUACAGCCAGCUAUCGCCCACCGCCUCACUGACGUCUCGCAUGCAAUCGCAGGUGGACGAACUGGUGUCCGGUAGAGUACAAGCCAGUGAAGAGCGUUUGUAUGCGGAUGUGGAACUUUAA